GGCAAAGUGUAAGUCGUAAUCAAUCAUUGUCUUGGGAUUUAUUGACUGAUUAUUGUCGAAAUAUCAGGGUAGGAAUAAAAAAAAAAAGCGGAAUAAAUUUUAGCCAGAUUAUUCAAGAAUAUCUGAAAAAAAGUGAGCAAAAAGGACAAUUAGUUGUCCGGCCUCCUAUUGUUAAGGCAGGAGGAAUAACUCAAAAAGUUACUGUUUCCCAAGGAGAAUUUCAAGGGCAAACAAUUAUUUUUUUAGAUACACCAGGGCAUGGUGACUUCAUUAAAAUGCGUCAACGAGGCAUUUCUUUAACUGACCUUGUAGUAUUAGUAAUUGAUGCUAAGGAUGGAAUAAUGUCGCAGACUUCCGAAAUUAUCGAUUACCUUCACGAGUAUAAAUUACCGGUUAUUGUCUUUAUUAAUCACAAAAAACCAGACGAAACUGACAACGAAACCAACUUGAACAGAAUUAGAACCCAACUCCAAGAAAAAAACUUAACCCCCAUUGAAUGA